CGCAGUUUUGGCCGCCGCGCGCUGUGGUCGUUAAAUUUAUCGGUUGUCCUUUUACGUCUCCUUUUUUUAUGUAAAAUUUCUUCUCAUUUCAUAGUGAUUGCUGUAUUUUUUUAUUACUCUUUCUUUUCUUGUAGGUGGGGAGGGGGUGGGAAGGGUGCAACAGCCGGCCCCGGUAAUCGACGAAGCGCGCCGUCUGCUGUAGAGAGUGGACGUUAAAGACCCCGCAACAGCAAGACACUUUUGUGUGUACCACCGGGCCAUUGUGUGAGCUGUGUUUGUUCUCAUAGGGAAUAUCGCAGAGUCGGCGGUCGUCGCCCUGAUUAACAAGUUCCAACCCUGCUCGAGUUAAACGACCACAGGCAGCAAAGCCGAGUUGUUGAAUCUCUCUGGAAGCCGCAACGACCAAACAAAUUUACUCCGCGGCGCCCGAAGGCUUCUUCAUUCAUCCUCUGCGGCUCCCAUCAUCGCAAAUUAUCGCCGAGCUGCGGCUUUUGAGCCCAGCCUCGGAGUGAAGCGGGACCGAUCUCCCAAAAGACCCAGCGGCAGGAGCCGGCGAGACCCCACAGGGGUCCGGCAAUCCGGGGACCCACCUCCCGCGCUUGCAAACAACGCCGGUUUGUUCUUCUUGGCACGUGGAUCCCGCAAGCUUUUCGGAACAUCGGCGGUCCACGAAGGCGCCAACAGCAAGGGGGAGCAACAAGCAAGCAGUCGCCUCCAUGCCUCCGUCGCCACUUGAAGCGCGGCUCACGCUGGGGUUAACGCGGCCCGUCAGACCGCAGGAUCUCGCCUUGUCCGUGUGCCUCGAGAGGAGCCUCUCGGCGCCGCAGCCGCCGCUACAGCAGCAGCGCUCCCCCGUCGAGGGCGACCCCGGCAGCGCGUCGCUCGCCAUGCCGGCCACAGGCGGCAGGUCCGCAGGCGGGGGAGGCCCCGUACGGUCGCUGUCGUGCGGCUGCAGCAGCAGCAGCUGCUGCAGCGCGGUGCUCAGCUACGAGGAGCGGGGCGCGGGCGCCGGGGACUCUGCCUGCAGCAGCAGCAGCACAGCAGGCGGCGCCGGCGCGGACUCGCAGUCGGCGCUACGGGCCCAGCUCCUGCAGCCCGCGGGCUCUGCCGACUCCGUGUACCCGGGCCCCACGGGCGGCCUGCAGCAGCUAACGGCCUGCGCGCCCUGCGGGCAUCUGCUGCAGUUGGGCAAGAGCGGUCUGCACCGCAGCCACCAGCAGCAGCAGCGCACGGGCAGUCCCGACCCGACGUGCAGGACCAUCUGGCCCAACGAGCUCGCCAGGAGAUUGAGCAGGGCCUCCAAGCACCGCGACCUGCACCUCCAUCACCACCCCCACCACCACCACAUGCACCACCACCCGUCGUCGUGGGAGCGCGACACAGCCGGCGCGGCGGGUCCUCUGAUAAUCGACUGCCGCCCGUUCCUGGAUUACAACCGGUGCCACGUGCAGGGCGCACUGCACGUGCACUGCACGGACAAGAUGAGCCGCCGGCGUCUGCAGCAGGGCAAAGUGUCCGUGGUGGAGCUGGCGUCGUGCCGGGAGGGCAAGGAGGCCCUGCGCCGCCAGCUCUCCACCAGGGAGGUGGUCAUCUACGACGAGAACACCACCGACCUGGGCCGCAUGCCGUCCUCCAGCCCGCUCUGCCUGGUCAUCGAGUCCCUGCGCAAGGAGGGACGAGAGCCCAUCGUGCUCAAAGGAGGCCUGAGCUCCUUUCGGCAACAACAUGAGAAUCUCUGCACCAGCUCCCUGCACGUGCCAUCAUUUCCAUCGUCCCUGCAUUCGAAUUUUCCAUCAUCGCAGGGCUUGCAGAUGCAAACGCUCUCAUUUGGGUUCGGGGGCCAGGGGAUGGGAGGCUCUGACGCCAGCACACCCGAUGUUGAAAAUGCGGAGAUGACCGCAGUGCUGCCCUUCCUCUUCUUGGGCAAUGAGCAAGAUGCCCAAGACCUGGCACAACUGCAGAGGCUCAACAUUGGCUACAUCAUCAAUGUCACAUCCCAUCUACCCCUCUACCACUAUGAGCGUGGGGCGCUGCGGUACAAGCGGCUACCGGCCACGGACAGCUGCAAGCAGAACCUACGCCAGUACUUUGAGGAGGCUUUUGAGUUCAUAGAGGAAGCCUACCAAAGUGGAAAGGGGCUCUUAAUCCACUGCCAGGCUGGUGUGUCGCGCUCUGCCACCAUCGUCAUUGCCUACUUGAUGAAGCAUACGCGUAUGACCAUGACGGAUGCCUACAAGUUUGUGAAAGGCAAGCGGCCGAUCAUCUCGCCAAACCUCAACUUCAUGGGCCAGCUCCUGCAGUUUGAGGAGGACCUCAACUCUGGCGUAAGCCCUCGCAUCCUGAGCCACCGCCUGGUGGGCCUGGAGACUGUGGUGUGAAACCACUGCAGGAUCACACCUGUUAGGUUUUUGGGAGUUUUCUGCAUGGAAGUCAUCCCGCUCUUAAAUACCGUUUGCGUACAAGACUCGCAUAGAACUUCUUCCCAUGGAUAUGAAGGCAGUGCUUUCUUUUGCAAUGAUGCUGGUACUGUUUGGGUGAACAGAUACAGUAUUCUCAGCCAAGAACUUUUCAAAUGGUGAACCGAGUGCUAAUCCUUGAUAUGCUGCUAUUAACUGAUAUGUGGGUCACUCUUUGCUUUGUGGUGUACAAUUGACAUUUACAAUCCCAACUCUUUUGUUGAAAGACCUUUUAACAGGAAUAAUCCAGUGCUUGCACAAAGUCGACAAGUCGUGACUCCUGGCCAGAGAACCAGAUAUGACAGCAGAAUAUUUUUUUUGUGCAGGGGAAAUGCAUUGAGCCCUGUGCCUUUCAAGAUAUGUGAGAAGAAAAUCCAUAACAUGUUUUUUUUUUGGCAAUGGACUGGGUGAUGAUGCACAUUUUUUUACGAAGAGAAUGAGUGAUUGGAAACUGCUAUUAACCUUUUAGUUUUUACCAUGUACCAAUCACUGUGCAAAAAAAUGUUGUUUUGACCUACCAAGGGCUGCGGAUAAAUCUAAACUCGAUAAGCUUUCCUAUUUGUGGCAGUAUUAUUGCAAUGUCAAAUAAAAGCGAUUUUUGUUACAAAAAUCAAGACCUAAGGAUAUGAAGCCAAAAGGGAGGUACCAAUUAAGGGUUUGGUACAGUCUGCUCCGUAGGUGCUCGUGCUAUGUCCAUUUUAUGCUGUUGUGUGCCUCACACUGAGGACGUUUAUAUUUCUCAAGUUCUAGGCCAUUAGGUGGCCUUUCAUUACAAUGUAAUAACCACCGAAUGAAAUUAGAACUUUUUUUUCAAAUGUUUGAGAGGUAUAUAAAGAGAAACAUUCAAAGAAAUGUGGUGUGUGUUUUGAAAACGGAUGUAUUUUAUUUAACCUGACCUAUGCUUCGAGGGGCAGGGUGAGGGGAUAUAGGUGCUGUUUAUUAAAGCAAAUGUUUGCACUAUGCCCAGCAUUUUCAGGAGCUAAAUGUAAUGAAAUAAAACCAAAGACACUUUGUUUAUAUGUUAAAAUUGAAAGAAAAAAUAUGCUCGUUUGAUAUGAUGCUAUAUUUAUUACUCUCAUCCCUUGUACCUCGCGAUCUUGUUUUAUUUUGGCAAUAAAUUGUCAUUUGUAUAA